CGUUUUUUAAUACGUAAGCUCGCCGAAGAAAAAGCCGAGCAACUUAAACUUUUGCUUCAAUUGACACCACAGGAAAUGCGCAAGGUGUUCACAGUUCAAAAGACUCAGCUUUAUUCAAAGUUGAAGCCAACUGACUUUGAACAACCCGCUAAAAUCAUCGAUUCGUCGUUCAAAGGACCUGAAAGUGAUAUUCCCAUCCGAGUUUACACACCCGAAGUUGAUUACAGGAUCAGGCCCCUUCCCAGCCAUCGUAUUUUACCACGGUGGCGGCUGGAUUUUUGGUGAUAUUCCCGGAUAUGAUAGCUUCUGCAGAGCAAUGUGUGUCGCAACUGAGGCAGUUGUCAUUUCAGUGGGUUACCGGCUAGCUUCCGAAUUCAAAUUCCCUGCUGCUGCUCAUGAUGCCUAUGGUGCCUUGGUUCACUGUUAUGAAAACCCUGAGACAUACAAUAUCGAUCGCAAUCGUAUCGCCGUGGCAGGAGACUCUGCUGGCGGUAAUCUAGCUGCAGUUGUGACCCUAAUGAGCAGAGAUCAACGGGGACCGGCAAUCAAAUAUCAGUGCUUGAUAUACCCUGCGGUGGAUAUUCCCAGAUUUUUUACAGAGGCUUAUGCGGACGCACCAAUGUUACAAUACUUUGCAGACGCAUAUCUAAAAUCACGCGAGGACGCUGACAAUAUAUAUGUUUCCCCGCUCAAGGCGGAUCUAACCGGACUACCUCCUUGUUUCUUAUUGACCUGUCAGAGCGAUUCUCUGCUCCAAGAAGGAAAGGACUAUGUACAAAAGCUACAUGAGUCUGGAGUUCCCUGUGAAUACUUGAAUGUCGUCGGCCUUGACCAUGGCUUUGUGGAUGUCAACAAACACUUGGAGCCUAAGGUCGCUCCGCACCAAGAUGCCAUUUUUGCUGCAAUGAAGAAAGCUUUACAAUGAUCACUUCGAUAGUCUUAUUUACUUUUAUGAAUGU